UAGAAAAUGGGAAUGAAGCUUCAAGUUAUCAUUUUUUAAAAAAAAAAAAAACCAAGUUAUCAUUUAUCGAUUUAACGAGUGACAUUUUUGUAAUUAAAAUCCCGUUUUGCUUUACGAAAAUGCCAUUAAUUAAAGUUUUUUUUUUUUUUUUUUUCAAAGACAUGAUACUCCUUCAUAAACCCUGCACUGUUAAACGCUCACCAAAAUACCAAUCCAUCACUAUUGAGCAGCACCACCAAAUGAUGCUACAAUCACUGAAACACAAAUUAAAGGUCACAACCACAAUCACCCGCCUCAUCACCGGCAACUCUCAACUUUUCCGGCGACUCUCCACCACAACAUCACCUAUUCCGGUAUCAAAACCGUCGGAAAACCGCCAUUAUAUCUCCAAACCAGUUUUACAGAAGAAAUUAUGGGCGGCAUUGAACACAAGCCAAACCGUUUCAGAUGUUCUACAUCAUAUUAUUCGAAAUGGCGAGCAGUUCACUAGCGCUGAUCUUCUUGCUUGCAUACAUACUCUCCGCAAAUAUGGCCACUACAGCCAAUGCCUUGAGAUACUUGAAUGGAUGGAUAAAGGUAGAUCUGAAAAUUCAGCUAUAGACUAUGGAUUGCGUUUGCGUUUAAUGUGUCACGUUAAGAGCAUUGAUGAUGUUGAGAAAUACUUCGACAGCAUUCCUCCUGAUGCCAAGAACCAUUAUACAUAUGGAGCAUUUCUAAAUUGCUAUUGUACUAAAAUGAUGACGGAUAAAGCAUUGGCUGUUUUCAAAAAGAUGGAUGAACUGAAAUAUGUUUUUAAUAAUAUGCCCUUCAAUAGUCUCAUGGAUCUAUACAUUAAAGUAGGCACACCGGAGAAGGUGCCAUUGCUUGUAGAAGAGAUGAAGCAAAGAAAAAUCCCACUAACCAACCUCACUUACUACAUCUGGAUUCAGAGCUAUCGACAUGCAGUUGAUCUUGAGGGUCUUGAACAAGUUAUGCAUGAAGUUCAAGAGCAGGACUCUGUAAGGGAUGAUUGGAAAAUAUACAGCAACCUUGCUGCAGUGUACAUCGAGGCUCAUCAGUCUGAAGAAGCUAAUACUGCCUUGAAACGAAUGGAGGAACUUUUUGAUAAUCCAAGGAGUGCUGACCGCAAAGCAUACCAUUACCUGAUUUCCAUGUAUGCCAAAACUGGUAAUUUAAGUUCUGUUUAUAAGGCAUGGGAGAAACUGGUGUCAAAUUUUGAAGUUUGUCAGAAUGCAAGCUACCUUACAAUGCUUCGAGCCUUGUCAGCGCUAGAUGAUAUUGAAGGUCUCAAAAAAUUAUUAGAGGAGUGGGAGAUGGGUUGCUUAGCUUAUGACGAGAGGCUACCAGCUGUUGUUAUAGGUGCUUACCUGAGGCAUGACAUGCUUGAAGAGGCUGAACAGCUGCUGAGAGAUAUAAAAGUCAAGGCUGAUCGGCAAAUAAAGUUUGCCCAUGUCCUUUUCAUGAACUACUUUUUGGAAAAACAUCAAUUUGAUUCCGCAUUGAAACAUAUGGAAGCUGCAAUGGCUGCCAAAUGGAAGCCAGUAGUAGAAAAGCUUGAUCCUUUCUUCAAUCAUUUCAAAGAAGAGAAAAAUGUUGAUAGUGCUGAAGAUUUUUGCCAAAAGUUAGAGAAAGUCCAGCCUCUCGACUCAAGGACCUACUUGUGGUUGCUUCAAACUUAUGCAGCUGCAGGUCAAAUAGCCCCAAAUAUGCGUCAAAGGAUGGAGGGAAGUGGUAUAGAUAUUACCCCUGAGCAUGAAGAGUUGCUCCAGAAGAUAUGCUAGCUAUACCCCUUACACCUCCAACUCCCCUGGCAAGUUGGCUCUCUGUUCUGAGUAAUGUUUUGAAUAGUAUUGCUCAAUUAGAUAUGACCGAAUCAACUUAGGAGUUACAGUUAAGCUUUUGUUAGGAGUAAUGUUGAUAAUUGUUGUCACAUUAUUCCAACCUGUAAUCCCAUAUACAAUUACUACCAGCCAUAUUUAUCUAUCAACAAGUGAUAUUACUAAUAUGAAUA